AUCCAGGGCCGCACAGUCUGCAGGAUACAGACACAUCUCAACUUCCGAGGAGGGUGUGGUCUCCUCCGACAUUUCCGGCGCACGUGCUCUCAAGGAGUCCCCGUCGAAGGAUGACAUCGUGCUUACCGCGCCUCGGAGGAGACCGACGUGGCUCCGCAUCCUGUUCCUUGUCAUUGCCGUCAUGGCUACUGCGCUCAUCUCCUUUGGGCUCGGGCUUGUGUUGCGGAGCCAUCACUCGUCUUCCUCGGGAAACACGACCGAUGACGUGGUAGCGGUCCAAAGAAUGGAUUCCGGUGCAUAUUUUAUGAGCAUGAAUAUGGUCGACGAAGCUACAACGACUAGAUAUUAUGAUUUUAUUGUGGAGGAGGGCACAGGUGCCCCGGAUGGUGUCGAAAAGACCAUGCUUGUUGUCAAUGGACUCUACCCUGGGCCAACGAUCGAGGCAAGCACCGGAGAUCGAAUCAUUGUGAAUGUGACGAACAAGAUGGUCAAUGCCACGGCCAUUCACUGGCACGGCUUGUAUCAAAACGGCACGAAUUAUUACGACGGUAUCGACGGAGUUACACAGUGUGGUAUUCCGCCUGGCGAAUCUAUGUUGUAUAAAUUCACGAUCGACAACGAUGGGGUGGGCAGUACUUGGUGGCAUGCCCACUAUAGCACUCAAUAUGUAGACGGUAUCACCGGUGCUCUGGUCGUCCAUGGCAAGGGCGAGAAGGUUCCUUCUUACGACGAGGACCUCGUAAUACAGAUCUCGGAUCUGUACCAUGGGUUCUCCACGGAUCUUCUAGAGUACUACUUCACUCCAGGCGGUAUUGACGGCACGCCCGGAAAUGAACCGGUUCCUGACGGAGGUACCAUCAAUGGCGUUGGUCAAUAUGGCUCGCACAACACUACUUUCUUCAACUUUACUCUCGAAGCCGACAAGACGUAUCGCUUACGUCUCAUCAAUCCGGGUGCCUUCGUGGCGAUGGAGUUUUCUGUGGACAACCACACGCUCACGGUUAUUGAAGCGGACGGCACUGCCGUCGACCCGGUUGAGGUGUCUAGCGUCUCCAUCGCCGUCGCGCAGCGAUACAGCGUGCUACUCCGAACGAACCAGACGACGGGGGCGUACUGGAUGCGUGCCGCACUGGACCAGACCGCAUUCACCUAUGAUAACCCAGGAUGCCAGACGGAGAUCCGGGGCGUGAUACGCUACGGGGUGGGCGAUGAUGCUAUGCCCGAUAUCGAGCUAUUGGACAAUGCGCCGAGUUUGCCGAGCGAUGCCCCUAGUACGCUCGAUACGGCGGACCUCGUACCUGUCGGUGGAGGCCCGGCGCCGGAGCCUACGUUCUCGACGUACUUCACCAUUUCGAUGCAGUACCCUGAGGGCGGGGACUACUAUUCGCGUUACCUCGCGUUUAUUAACAACACCUCCUGGGAGCCCCUCAACACCACCUCGAGUCUUUACGCGCACCUCGGGAACUCCACCAGUGACGGCUCCGCAAACUUCUCUGGUUCACAGCUCAUUAUGACUGUCAACGAGAUUGCAACAGUAGAGAUGAUUGUUGACAACCUCGACGAUGGCGAUCACCCGUUCCAUUUGCACGGCUACAAGUUCUGGAUCAUGGCUUCUGGCGAUGGCAGGUACGAAGGGCAGAGCGUGAAUAACACCGCGCCGAUGGAUCGGGAUACGGUUGUGAUCCCUGCUUAUAGCUGGAUGAUCCUCCGUUUUGUGGCUGACAAUCCGGGAUACUGGGCAUUCCACUGCCAUAUCGAGUGGCAUAUCGCUGCUGGACUACUGCUCCAGUUCAACGUAAUGCCGGCUCAAAGUCAGAAAUUCGAGAUUCCGCAAUAUAUGAUAGACCAGUGUUCGCGGCAAUGACCGGCGGAGACCGCUAUUUUCAAGGUUCCACAUGUCAGAGUGCUUUGACCGUAUCGGAUAAAAUUAUUUGCGCAUGGUGCUCAAAUGUAU